ACGUGACCUCCGCUCUCUCUUCUCUUCUCUUCUCGUCUUGGUCUUCAUCUCUCCGAUAUCUCUCGCUCUGUGUCCCCUCCUCAUUGUAGUCUUCUUCGGUAUAAUCAAUCGCUUCUCUUUCGAUCCUUUCGUUCAAAUCGUUGAAAAACAAGAGGUGAUGGGUCGAAUUCUACACCAAUCAGAGCAUUGUUGUCGAUAUAGAAAGCCUCUUAUGGGGUAAAAAGAGACUAGUGAUCGAUCACGUAACGUACCAAAAAAAAAACAUUUUGUUAGAGGAUGAAAGAGAAACGAGAUGAUGACGAAUCUUCAGAGCUUGCGGAAAGGGUUAAGUCACUCUCUGUUGAAUCUCAAGGCGAUGGUUUGAUGAUGAUUAGAGAGUCCCCUAGAAGCGUCGAGCAUGAUGUCGUCUCUCCAGGUCAGAGAGCAUCGCAGCUUCUUUGGGAUACAGGGAUGCUUUGUGAACCCAUUCCUAAUGGUUUCUACUCUGUUGUUCCGGACAAGAGAGUGAAGGAAGUAUAUAAUAGACUACCAACACCGAGUGAGCUUCAUGCUUUGGGAGAGGAAGGUGUCAGAAUCGAAGUCAUUCUUGUUGAUUUUCAAAAAGAUAAGAAGCUCGCUAUGCUUAAACAGUUGAUCACCACACUUGUCAGCGGCUCUAAUCCUGCUUCGGUGAUCAAGAAAAUAGCUGGAACGGUAUCUGAUUUUUACAAACGUCCUACACUUGAAAGCCCUUCAAAGCUUGCUCUGGAGGAAAACGCCUUCUUGUUUGAAAACCAUGGUGCUCAGUUGCUUGGCCAAAUCAAGCGUGGGUGUUGUCGUGCUAGGGCUAUUUUGUUCAAGGUUCUGGCUGAUACUGUAGGACUCGAGAGUCGUCUGGUGGUGGGUCUGCCUAAUGAUGGGACUGUGGAUUGCUUGGACUCCAGCAAACACAUGUCUGUUACAGUUGUGAUAAAUUCCGUGGAGCUACUAGUUGAUCUGAUUCGGUUUCCUGGUCAGUUGGUUCCUCGAUCAGCCAAGGCAAUUUUCAUGGCACACAUCUCACCUGCUGGAGAGAGUGAUUCUGCAGAAAACGACUCUUGUGACUCACCUCUGGAGCCAAAUAGUCCUUUAUACGAGAGAAGAGAUCCCGAGAGUACAGAAAAAGAUGAAAACCUUCAGUUUCAUCGGAGGUUAGAAGGAUAUCCAAAUGCUUCCGGUCCAUCAUUGCAUAAUUUGAUGCUCAGACCUGCUACAGCUAGUAACUCCUCGCAUAGUGAACCAAAUAUUGCCACUGUGUUCUGGAGACGUAGCCGCAGAAAAGUGAUUGCUGAACAGAGAACAGCUAGCUCCAGCCCGGAACACCCAUCUAUGCGAUCACGUGGACGAUCAAUGCUGAGUACUGGUAGGAAUUCAUUUAAGGACUACACUGGUGACGCAUCUCCUUCAAGUUCAUCCACCUCAGAAAUACGUAAAACUAGACGGCGAAGUUUCAGGAUCACACCAGAGAUUGGGGAUGACAUUGCAAACGCUGUACGAGAAAUGUAUGAGAAAUCAAAGCAAACCCGUCUCUUGCACGGCCGAGAUGAUGGAAACAGCUCAGGUAUCAAUAGCAAUGUGUCUGGUCUCCGUCUUGAUGAUGAGUUCAAUUCCAAGAAGACAAUGUCAUUACCCUCAUCUCCUCAUGCUUACAGGAGUCAAGGAUUUGGACGAAGAGGACCUUCAGAUUUUGCCGUGAAGGAUACGUGGAAUAAAGUAGUUGAGUCUUCCACAUUGCAGAAUCAGCCUUUGUUACCGUAUCAAGAAUGGGACAUUGACUUCUCUGAGCUGACUGUUGGAACUCGGGUGGGGAUUGGAUUUUUUGGUGAAGUUUUUCGUGGAGUGUGGAAUGGGACAGAUGUUGCAAUCAAAUUGUUUCUUGAGCAAGAUCUCACUGCCGAAAACAUGGAAGAUUUCUGCAAUGAGAUAUCGAUUCUCAGCCGUGUUCGCCACCCAAAUGUUGUGCUAUUUCUGGGUGCAUGUACAAAACCUCCACGCUUAUCCAUGAUCACGGAAUACAUGGAGCUGGGAUCUUUGUAUUAUUUGAUCCAUAUGAGUGGCCAGAAGAAGAAACUUAGCUGGCACAGGAGGCUCAGGAUGCUAAGAGACAUCUGCAGGGGUUUGAUGUGCAUACACCGGAUGAAGAUAGUUCACCGUGACCUAAAAAGUGCCAACUGUCUGGUGGACAAACAUUGGACAGUGAAGAUCUGUGAUUUUGGGCUGUCGAGAAUAAUGACUGACGAAAACAUGAAGGACACUUCUUCUGCUGGAACGCCAGAGUGGAUGGCUCCAGAACUCAUUCGCCAGGAACCUUUUACAGAGAAAUGUGAUAUCUUUAGUCUUGGGGUCAUAAUGUGGGAGCUUUCUACUUUACGUAAACCGUGGGAAGGUGUUCCUCCUGAGAAGGUUAUCUUUGCUGUUGCUCAUGAAAAGUCACGUCUUGAGAUUCCUGAUGGUCCACUCAGCAAGCUAAUUGCAGAUUGUUGGGCAGAGCCUCAAGAGCGCCCAAAUUGUGAAGAGAUACUUAGAGGCUUGCUUGACUGUGAGUACACAUUAUGUUAGCACCACUUCUCUGUGGGGAUAUGAGCCGAAGAUGUUUCAGCUCAAAAAGUUUUUUCGAUCUCUGCUCUUAAACUAAACCUGAAUGGCAUAGUUUUUGAGAUCAGGGGAGUUUGAAGGUUCUAAGAGUGAGAUUCUUAGUUCAGUUUUGAUAGAUGUGGAGCAGGCAAGAGGCACCAAAUGUAUACAAAAAAAACAAGCAUGUCUAUGGUGUUUGUUUGAUUUGGUCUCAUAGGGGAGUGUUUUUGGUAUGAUUAUUAAAGAGCAUUUUGGUCUUAUUUAGUAAGAAUAAACAGAGCUCUUUGAUCUGUCAUUUCUUCAUCCACUAUCUCUUGUGUCUUUCACACUUUUUUUGUUUACAUUUUUAUUUUUUUUUGUCAAGCACUCUAUGUAAAGAUAAAAUAAAGAGAGAAAAGUUGGAGAAGAAAUCAUUGAGACAAAGGUAUAUCAAAAAUUAAGUUAUCAUAGAAAUGAUUAUCUUAUGAACUUA